CAUAGGAACGACAGUUGUUUUGAUUUAAUAGUACAAGUUUAGUCAUUUAUCCAGCCAUAAUGUCUGAAUCACUCCUUACAACUGCAGAAUUGGAGCUAAUCGUGGAAAAAUUUGAAACUAUCAAAUUGGAAGAUAUUGGGAAAAAACACUGGUUCAAAAGAUCGCAAGAGAUUUUUAAAAUUUAUCAAGUUGCAAGCAUUGAAGCGUCAUCGUCCUCUGGUACUGAGAGGGUUUUUAAAGCAUUCACUUUGUAUAACAAAGUGGAACCAUUGAUCAAAGAUGUGGUAACUUUGAGCUUAUGGAAGGAGAAAGUUUUUCCUGCUUUGGUGACAUUGACACCGCAACCAGAAAGCCCUUUUCCGACUUACAUCGUGCUUUAUGGUGAAGUAAUUAUUUUAGGAAUACUCCAGAGUCUACUUUUCCAUUCAGAAGCAUUUAACUACAUCAGCGAUUCCAGUGAUGAUCUCAUAGAUUAUGCUGUUUCAAAAAUAUCAAAAUUACUCUGCGUCAAAAGUAAAAAUUUAACUACUGAUGAUAUACGAAUGAGAAAAAUGGACGCAAUCGAAGAACUGAAAGAGCAAAAGGACUUAAUUGACUUCAAUAUAGGUUCCCAGUGCAUUUCUGUUGUAAGAUACAUCUGUGAAAAUUUUGACAAGCUACCACUCAGUGCAGCGUCGCGUAUCUACACAACACACGAUGUUCCUAUUUUAAUCACACAUCUUCUCGACAUGAACACAUGGUCAAACCAUGUCGAUGGGAAAUUUUACAAGCAUAAUGACAAUGAAUGGAAAGAAUGGCUUUCUGAGGAUCCUGUGCUUAGUAAAACCGAGUGCCAAGUUUGGUUGCUUUUAAGGCAGCUUCUUAUAAACCCAACAUGUGACACUGUUUACUAUUACAGCACAUUCAGAAAAGAACAAUUGUCCAAACUCAUAAAACUCCUUCAUGAUAGAGUAAUAGACCAACUGAGUCCACUGGAAGACCUUAAAAAUUGGCUUAACACACUUUUAAUCUCACCGAGCAAAGGGGAGAAUGUCCAUAAUCCUUUAAUAGUCGAAGUUACAACGAGUUACAAGGAUGAGCUUUCUUUAAAAUACGAAGAUCAAUGGGAUCAAAUAGCAUCAAAAAGGUCAAAACUACUUUUCUAUGGAUCUCCAAAUGACAAGCAGGCCAUCGCCAAAUCUUUUGCUGCAUCACUAGACACCAUAGAAGAAAUCAAUGAUAAUUUGCAAAGCUGUAUCUUUUGUUUCAACAGGGCGUUUAAAAGGUGUUCCAAGUGUAAAAAGGUUUGGUACUGCUCUAGAAAAUGUCAGGUACAGCACUGGAGUGCACACAAAACUGUCUGUGUAUCUUAAUUCCUAUCAAGCAUUUAGGGGCACUUUUGUAAGACAAUAACUGUCUUAUUUUAAAAAAUAACAUAAUUAGCAAAGGAAAAGUACAAUAUCUAAAUGUCUAUGACUCUUAUUCUUAAGAUUCACUUCCAAGCUAGCUUACAUUAAUAUCCUCCUUCUAUUGUUGCUAGUUUGUAAUUCAAUAAAAACUCUUGUUUCUUUA